CCUUCCUCACUCUCUCCAACUCACACAUCCACACCCACACCCAAGGAUACCCUCACUGCUCCACCGCCGCUGUUUCCCACACUCAGUUUUUUUUUUCUCUUUUUUCCCCCCUUUUCUGCCUCCACCCUCUCCAACUACUAACACACACACACACAUAAUUUUUGUUUUUUAGUGCUCCCUCGGUGGAGGAAAUGCUGGUCUGACCCUGUUGCUGAGACUUCUUCGGAUUUCUCCGUCCUUUUCUCUCCUACUUUGCUGCUACCUGUGGAGGUUUCCGUCGGCUCUCCAGUCCAGCCGUCUGAACAGAGCGCAGAGAGAGGGAGCCAUGCUGGGUCUGGACGUGUGUGAGUUCGGGGGUCAGGUGCUGGAGCUGCUCUGGUUGACCAUGUGCUACAGAGGUUUACUGGCUGACAAGAGUAAUUUGGCCAUCGAGGAGGAAGAUGAGGACAGAAACCUGAACUACAAUCCCCCGGCUCAGAAGUCGCUGCAGGAGAUCCAGGAAAUGGACAAAGAUGAUGAAAGUCUGGUGAAGUACAAGCAGACCCUGCUGGGACCAGAGGCAAUGAGUCCAGACCCGACUGAGCCCAACGUCAGAGUGACCAGACUCAUCCUGUUGUGUGACGAUGCUCCUGAACCAAUCACCAUGGACCUCACAGGAGAGCUGAGCGCUCUGAAAGAGACCAGCUUCACCUUACAGGAAGGAGCCAAAUACAGGCUGAAGGUUUACUUCAAGGUGAACAGAGAUAUUGUGUCUGGCCUGAAGUAUCGUCAAGUGACCUACAAAAAAGGAGUACGAAAGAACACCACAGUGUGCAUGAUGGGAAGCUACGGCCCACGAGCAGAAGAGCAGGAGUUCCUGUGUCCCGCUGACGAGGCGCCUAAGGGGAUCAUGUCCCGAGGUCAAUAUGCGGUCAAGUCCUGCUUCACUGAUGACGACAAGAAUGUCUCCCUAUCUUGGGAAUGGAUCCUCAACAUCAGCAAGGAUGGGAAUUAACGGGGGGAGUGUGAGGAUGAUGAUGCUGAAUGCUUUCCCUUCUUCCUCUCCUGCUUUUUAUUUGCCAUAUCCUGCCACUGUGUCAUCUUCUUCCUUUCUAUAAUUGCGCUCGCUGAGACAGGAAGUUCUGCCUGCAGGUGUCUUCUCACAUUUUCUUUACACUUUCUUCUUUUCUAGGUUUUCUCCAUAAAUCCUAACGUGGUUUAUGCUUUUUAUUAACGAGAUUGCGUUCUCCUUUCUGCCUUAUCUUGUCAUGUGGCCUAUCACAGGAAGUCAGUUUGGUCAAUUUUAAGCACAUAAUGAAACAUGGCAGAAGGAUAUUUAACAUGGGAUGGUGUAAAACUAUAGAAGCUGCGGGUACCUGCAAGAUCUGUUUGUUCUGAUUUACUGAAACAUUGUUUUUGGGACAGUCAAUGUAGUGCAAAACACUGACAGGAAGGCGAACACACUGCUUAAAACUGGGGAGCUGAUCCAAUGAAAUCCUCUUGGACACCGAGGAGGAACUCUGGACAGUAAUUAGUGUCCUGCCUCAGAUGCUUGGACACAGCUCGUGGACUCAGUAAAACAUCCACCUCAGAUAAUAACACCACCCCCGGUGCCAAACCCAAACGAGGGCACACAAUGAUUGCAGGAAAAAGACAUGCUCCUUUCAGCUGUUAAUUGCUUUGUGAAUCAUCGACCCGUUUUACAUUUAAAUACGUUCAACUGCAAGAAAGAAAAGGAGUUACAGUGAUAUUUUCUGUGAUCAUGUUUCUUCACGUGUCUUUUAACUGGUGUACAUAGAGUCUUUGAUAGGGUUCGAUUGGUGUGUCAAGAGUUAUGGUCAGAAGAAAAAAGUUUGUAUGAGUUCUGUUGUUUGACUCCAUGUUUUUGUGAUGUAAAAAUAAUGACGUUCAAAUCUUUUCUUCUUUUUUUUUUUUCUGCAGAAGGUCUGAGAUAUUCUCAGUGGCAACAAACGUUUCCUAGAAGAAGUGGUCUGAUUUGAAUGCAUUAGUAUAAAAAGAUAACAGAUGUACACUUUAUAUGCAUUAUGAACACACAUUUUAUGGUGGGAAAUUACAAAGUGCGGCGCAAAUGAAAAUUAAAAAACAGUGGGUGGGUUAAUCAAUUAAUUAGAAAUUAACUCAUCUAUAACUCAUUUCCGCUGUGACUCAGUGGAACCGAACUAGUUAAAAGCGUGAUAGAAACAGAGACUGGACAUGGACAUCUAACAUAAACUGUUUCUGUAAUCCUGGUACCCCACCCAACACCUUUGCGGUGAAUAUGGAGAUCAGCAGUGGUGGGGGGCAAAUAUGUUUUCUUUGCCAGGACCUGGUAGAAGCACAUAUGCUCUACUCUUAUUGUAUUUUUCGACUGGAUUUUAAUUCGGACUGUCAGAGUAACCGGGGACUUUCUGAAAUCUAUCACGCUAAAACUUGAAAAGUUUCAAGGGGUGUGAAUCGUUAUCCAAGCAUCUUCCGUAUAGUAAACAUCAUAGAAACUUAAAACUUUUAUUUCCACCCUACAAAGACAAGUAUUAGACUAUUUCCAACUUCCUAAGUCAUCUAACACUGAGCUAAACACUGUGAAGCUCCCCAACCCAUACAUGUGUGCUGCCAUUAACACCAGAGCAAAGACAGCUGUGUUUAAACGUUCUUUAAUGACUUUUGAACACUUGUAGUUUCAUAACUUUCCAUCACUAUUCCUUCUAAGCUUUUGUUGUCAAAAGAAUAUGAUUAAAAAGCAUAUAUGUUCUCAACCAAUAUGCUGAAUUGCAGUUUAAAGGGCAAAUAUAAUCAUAUUUCAGAACCAGAAAACAUUUUAAAAAUUACUUUACAAUUAUUUUCAAAUUUAAAAAAAACGAGUGUUCUGAACCAACUUUAUGCCACCACUAAAACAGUUAAUCCGUUACAUUUGAUGUUUCCUUCUUUCAGUACAAAACCUCUUCUGAUCUGUGAGACUUAACAGGGAGAACAGCGAGACUUAAACAAUGACUGCACGGCUCUGUGACAUAAAAUGGAAAUAAAUUGUGUUUUGUGACAGACUUAUUUGCAGGAAAGGGCUGAUGAAUGCUCAUGUCAGAGUAACAAUGUUAGUCACAAGAGAAGCAGAUAUAUCUGAGUACUGCAUUAAAAAGGUUUCCAGUUACACUUUUUGUAAGAAUAAGUUAAUAAUCAUUUUUGUUAAAUUAAAGGUAAACUGGAAAUAUGAUAGAGUGCUUUUAAAUCCCUGUAGGGUGCUGGUUUGUUAAGUCUCCUAAGUGUUGCACUUAGACAACAUUUCUCUUGAUUCCCUCAUCCUCACUUGAUAAAUUGCUAUAUAAAUCGUCACUUUAUGGAAUGAAUUGGAACAGGAGUCCUUGGAAUCGUUACUUUGUGUUAUGAAAUGAUGCCAACAAUCUGCAUUUCAAACGUGGCAUCGUCAUUCUUUAGCAUUUUCUGCUUUCUCUGCUGCUUUCUGCUUGUUUGUUCCCAUAUCUUUUCACAUAAUUCUCAAUUUCAGACCUGAAAAGGAAUUCAAUCAGCAUGUGCUAUAAGCCUUAGCACAACUGACGUGGAAAAAUUAUCAAAAUGAUGAUAAAUGCCUUUUAACUGCUGUGUUUAAUGUUUGGUCUUCUGCAACCAGGCUAACGGGAUGAAUAGUUUCUUUCUAAAAUUAUCGUUUAGUUGUUUUCAUUCCAAUUCAUCUUGGGGGUGGGAGGUUUUGGCACUUUUUGAAAGAGCACACGGGUGAAAACCUGUACCUGAACUGUGUAUACUGUAGAAAGAAAUGCAUGUAGGUCCUUUGAUACUAUUCACAU